UGAUUUAUGGAAGAAUAUUUGGCACCUCAAGCUGCAGCCAAAGAUCAAACACUUUUUGCGGGGAGUUGUCAAUAAUGCCCUUGCAACUAAUUAAAUCAGCUCUUUAUCACGGGGAAGUGUGCUAUUGGUUGGUCAAUUUGUUUGCAAGAGCCUGAAACUGUUGAACAUCUAUUAUUUUUGCGUGCAUGGGCUGGACAGGCUUGCAAAUCUUUGUUAGAAGAUUGGGAAGAUGAGGUCUGUCUCAGUUUUCUAUGGUGCUGUAAUUAACUCUUUCACUGCCGUUUCAACUAUGGAUGUUGCUGCCUGAGAAUAUUGGAAAGCUAAUUGUUAUGAGAAUCCAAACUCUUGUUUCGGCAAUAUGGUCCCCUCCCACUGUUGGUGAAGUUGAAGUCAACUGUGAUGGAUCUUUUCUUCGUUCAUUUGGUUUUGCUGGCAUAGGGAUCAUUUGGAGAGAUCAUAACAGCUCUUUCAUUAAAGGCUAUCAAGACCUACAUCAUGCCUUAUCCUCACAAAAAUGGGAUAACUGCAGCUGGAUGUAUCAUGAAUUGCUUGCUAAUUCAUUGCGUUCUAUUGGGUCUUUUCAUCAUUUGAAUCUUUCCUUGGUGAGACGAUCAGGAAACAAUGCUGCUGACUUUUUAGUAGCCUCUGCAUCAAAGGGGGUGGAACCUUCUGGCUGGGUCUUUGCACCUUCACCUCCUGCUAUCAUCACUAACGACCUGAUAGUGCAUCAUUAUACUUCCUUGCAAGCAUCUUCUGUAUUUGAUUGAGAGGGAAUCGGCUAAUUUGUAACUAUUUUUGGUUGAUCUU